CGAGGUCGUAAGGGACAACAGCCCCUGAAGGGUCGGAGUCGGAAACCGGAACCAAUUUGCGUCCGCGCGUCUGUCAGCUCAACGUUCCCCAUUGGCAGGCUUCAGCUUCAUCCACCUCCUCCACCACUACCUCCACCUCCUCAUUCUUGCUGUCUUUCAUCGUUUGUUUAGCUUUCACGUUUCUCUUAUUUUCUGUUCACGACUACAUCUCCGAAAGACACGCAACCCUCCUGGGGCAGGGCACCGGUUUGACAGGCGCCCAUGCAGGAAUCUGACGAGCAAGAUACAUGCAGAAUAUGCAGUGCGCCAGGCGAGCCCGACCAGCCUCUCUUUUAUCCAUGCAAGUGCUCGGGCACCAUCCGGUACAUACAUCAGGACUGUUUAACGACAUGGCUCUCGCAUAGCAAGAAGAAGACAUGCGACGUGUGCAAGUACCCGUAUUCAUUCGAGAAGGUGUACGCCCUUGACAUGCCCGACCGCCUCCCGACACUUCUCCUCUUCCGGCGCCUACUCGAGCAAGCCUUCUUUGGGCUUUUGUUCGGGCUAAGAGCGGUGCUCAUCGCGACGGUGUGGCUCGCGCUGCUCCCCUGGAUCACGAUAUGGACGUGGAGAGUGUAUUUUACGAUGGGCGAGUCUACUGCGUGGUGGAUAAGCGGCCGCCCGCGCGCCUCGGACCCCUUCUUCGCAAGCCUCACGCGCAACGUCUCUCGCGCCGUCAACGCCACCACCAACGCCACCGACGCUGCUGCCAAUGCGACACUCGCGAACGGCACGACGGCGGGCAACGUCACAGCCGCCGCGGGGCGCAACGCGACGCUCGCGCUGAAGAAGAUAUUCUCCCUCUCCGCCGCGCGCAACAGCACCUCGACCUUCCUUACAUUCGUCUCGUCCCGCCCGUUCUGGAACACGCUCUCGCAGGACAUUUUGACGGGGCAGAUUAUCGCUGCGCUCAUCGUGCUCAUCUUCGUCGCUGUUUUCCUGCUGCGCGAGUGGAUAAGUCAGAACGCGAGGCCGGGUAUAUUUGAAGAGGAAGAAGCGGCGGCGGCGGCGGCGGCGGCGGCGGCUGCUGCCGCUGUGGCGCCUGUGGUACCUCCGAUGGGACCGGGAGCGCAGCAGCAGCAGGAGGGACAUCGACAUGCCGUGGGCGUGGGCGCGGGCGAGGAGCGGGGCGGACAGCAGCAGCAGGAUAUACAGCGCCAGCGCCAGAGAGCACCGAAUAUGCUCGCACGGCCGGGGCGCGCUCGCGCGAUGGAGAGGCUGCCGCCGCCCGAGUUCCCGAUUCCGCCGACGCCGCCGCCGGUGCCGACGAGGGAUAUUAUGGCGCCGGGUGGGGUUGUUGCGGGUCCUUUUUUGGAGGCUGAUGAGGGGGGGAGAGAGAGGGAUGGUGCGGCUGAUGUGGGGGGUGGUGGGAGUAGAGAUGUGGGUGUCGGUGCGGGUGUGGAUGCAGUCGGGAACGGCAUUGAGGGGGGUGCCGACGAAAAAACACAAGUGCAAGGUCAAGCACAAGGGCAAACAAGCGGCGGUGACAGCGGCAAGGGCAAGAUGCGCGCGGCUGAGCACUUUUCGUUCGGAGCGGGAGGGCCUUCCUCGUCUUCCUCGUCUGCUGCACCCCCGACCUCGUUCACGUUCGAGUUCCGUCCGCCGUCUGGGAAUGUUCCGGUGUUUAACCCCGGUCUGUUCUUGCCUUUCCCUGAAGAUCAUCCCGCAUAUCGAUCUGGCGCUGGUCCUGGUCCUGGUCCUGGUUCUGCGCCGAGUGUCGACACGACUUCGAAGAUGGACGGGACCUCGAUCGCAAACGCGAGUGCCAACGCCGCUGCAACCUCAAACGCGAACCCUCUACCAGGCUUCAGCCCCGACACGAGUCCAACCAGCAGCCUCGCGAGGUCCGGCGCGCGCAUGCGCUCUGCGUCCAUUCUCUCCUCGGGCUCUGCCUCGAUCUCCUCCAUCACUGGCGGUGGCGGCUCCUCGUCUCGCUCGCGGCCGCUGUCAGUGCACGACCAGCUGCAGCUCGCGGAGGGCUCGUUCGACAUGUCGAUGGCGGCGGCGAUGGCGGCGGCGGCGGCGGAAGAGCCGGUGCCGUUUUCGAGGGAGGCGAGUCCUGUGUUGGGGAGUUUUGCGGAUUUGGCGGGGGAGUCUGUGGGGGAUGUGCGGAUGGGGUAUGGGGAGGGUGAGGGGGUUAUUCCGGCGCUGAUGGAGCGCGAGCGCGGGGCGGAUUUGGGUGGUACUGGGAAGGACAAGGGCAGGGAUGAGGGCGUCGAGGCGGGGAGUUUGGCGGAGCUGUUGGAGGCGGAGGUGAAGGAGCGGGAACACGAGCAUGAGCAACGAGGCAGUGAAGCGCGAAAUGCGGAUGUGGACGCGCCGUCGACGUCGCCGCCACCGGACACACUCAACUUCAACCCGCACCUCCACCCGCGCCUGCACAAUCUUCCUUCUUCACACGCACACGCGAGCGCUUCGUCUUCGUCUUCGAGCAGCAUGCGCAUCCCGAUCCCGCUCGCGACUCCGCUUCGCCGCCCGCCGCUGCCCAGCAGCACAGGCGCGAACACGCCGAGCACUCCGCCCGGUGCGCCCUCGGUGCCGCUCGUGUCGCCCGGGCUCGCGAUGUACCAUGCGCCGGAGGAGCUUAACGCCGGCACGUCGUCGUCUGAGGCGGAGACUGAGGGUGGGCUGGGAGGGUACUUUGAUGGGGUUGGUGGUGAGCCUGUGCGGAGAUUUGGGCGUGCGUACGGGGAGCGGGAGCGGGAGCGAGGGCAAGGGCAAGGAGAAGGUAAAGGACACGGGGAAGAGGCAGGGGAAAGGGAAGGGGGGGAGGGGCAGAGGGAGGAGUAUGAUCGGUUUUUCCGCGAUCCGUAUGCGCGGCCGGGCGAGGACGCUGUGCAUCCGCAGAACGGCGGGGAGCGGCCGCUGCGCCGUCGUCUUGGUGCGUAUGCCGACGACGACGACGAUGAAGACGAAGAUGAUGAAGAACGAGAGUUUGAUGCGGAGGGGUGGGAGAUUGAGAACGGGCGGUUCGACGGCGACGGCGACGGUCAUUUCGAAGGGGAUCUCGACGACGACGGUGAUCUCGAUAUGGACGUCGAGAUCGAGGAGGGGGAUAUGGAUUUGGAUAUGGAUAUGGAUAUUGACGACGACGAAAACGACUUUCGCGAGGUCAACGAGCGGUUUAACCGGCUCAACGGGAUCAACGGGCUCGACGCUUUCAAUCGCGCCAACGGUCUUGAGGGUGCGAACGGGCUCGGCGGCGGCGGUGGCGGUGUGGGCGAGGCGCAGCAGCCUGCGGGCGCGCAGAAUGUCCCUGGUGCACAGGUGGAGAUGGAUGGGAAUUUGGAGGAUGAUAUUGGGGUUGAAGAUGAUGUGGAGGGUGCGCUGGAAGCGAUCGGGCUUAGGGGGCCACUGUUUGGCGUGGUUCAGAAUGCCGUUCUGAUGAUCUUUGUUCUGGACACGACCAUUGGGUUUGGGAUAUGGCUCCCGUUCACGCUGGGCAAGACGACAGCCUUGCUCUCGCUCGACCCCCCACGCUUGUUCUACAUCCUGCACCUGCCCAUUCGCGCGAUCCGUUACGUCACCGACCCGAUUGUGGAUGUGAUCACCUACGUGACGUCUCGCACUGUCGUGCCGUUGGUUGUUGGCGCGUCGCGGCUCUACUGGGCCGCGUUGCAGCGCCUCGUGCAGUUCGCUGUGACGAAGUCGGGCAAGGAGGAGCAAGCGGUAUUCGCUGGGAAAGUUUUCGAUGAAUGGACUACAUUCGCUAUGAAUCGGUGGGGUGCUGUACGGAAUACCGUCGCAGGAUCCUCAACAUCGGUGUCGUCGGUCGCAGCUACCGCGACCGCAACUGCGGCAACAGCAUUCGGUUCAGCGCCAGCACCCACUGCAGCGACCGAACACCUCGUUAUGAAACCACUCAAUGCGUUCUUCGACUCCAACUCCACCCUCGCGCAGUGGGCCGAGCCCCGCUUCGCCUCGCUCGGGCACGAAGUGCGCAGCGGCGCUGUUACCGCGCGCACGGGCUGGGUGCGCAUGGCGCUCGGCCACGGGCCCCACGAGCGCGUGUUCGCAAUCUUGCUUGGCUAUGCGGUUGUCGGCUUUGUGCUGGCUUUGUAUCUGAAUGUCUUUACGGUCGGAAAUGCGCGGAGCGCGGGUCGGGCGGUGCGGACGGCUGUUAGGCAACAGCUCCUGGUGCUCAAGGUCGCGAUGUUCAUCAUCAUCGAGCUCAUCAUCUUCCCGCUUGGCUGCGGAAUUAUGCUUGACGUGUGCACCGUAUGGCUAUUCCCUGAGGCAACGAUCGAGUCGCGCGCCGCGUUCUUCCUACAUGCGCCGCUCACCGCGAUAUUCUACCACUGGGUUGCGGGCACGAUGUUCAUGUACCAAUUCGCGGUCCUUCUGUCAGGCUGCCGUAACAUAAUGCGCCCGGGCGCGAUGUGGUUCAUCAAGGACCCGCAGGACCAGAACUUCCACCCGAUCCGGGACAUUCUCGAUCGGCCGACGCUCACUCAAUUCCGCAAGCUACUCGUUUCGGCGCUGAUGUACUCGCUCGUUGUCGCGUCAGGCGUGGGCAGCGUUGCGACGCUGCUGUUUGUGGCUAGCAAGUCCAUAUUUCCGAUUCGAUGGAAGACGAGGGAGCCGUUGUCGGACGUUCCUGUCGACCUGCUGUUUUUGAUGCUGGCGCUGCCCUACACCAUGCGCUACGUGCGUCCGCGGAAGAUCUUUCACCAGGCGUCCGUGCGCGUUUGGAAGCAGCUUGCCUCGAAACUGCGUCUGACGUCGUACAUGUUCGGAGACCGCCCGCAUGCUGAGGAGAAGACUGUGCAAUACAAGACGUGGUCCGCAUUAUUCCGGCGCUCUGUUGAAGAUGGGGAGUUUGUCGAGACAUCCGAUGGGACGUACCGUCGCGUGCCGUCCAGCGAUAACAUCGCGCUACCCAAGGAUAUGCGCGCAACGGCCCAGGUUCUUGAGAACGGUCAGCCAGUGGACGAUGAGGCAGCGAAGCUCAUGGCGGCGCAGAACGCGGAGGCAAUCAAGUCGAAGCGGAACAUCGAGGACGACUUUAUCGUCGUGUACAUCCCCCCUCAGUUCCGCUGGCGCAUUAUCUGCUUCAUCCUCGCGGUAUGGGGCAUCGUAUCCGUGCUUGUUGCGGCCGGCAUCGCGCUACCCGUCCAGGUGGGGCGGCACUUCUUCUGUCUUUUCACGGCGCGGGAUCUGCACGACGGGUACUCGCUCAUUGCUGGGUUUUAUCUGCUCUGGGCAUGCUACGCCAUCAUCAAGGCCAUCGAGCGCCUGGAGAAGCACCGCCAGAGACGAAGCAGUGAUGGCCCCAGACCGGAGUUCUCGGUGUUCCUUGUCAAGCGCAGUCUGUCGUGGCUCUUCCGUACCACGUACAUGGUGUUCUGUCUGGGCGUUGUGGUGCCUAUCCUGCUCGCGCUUGUCUUGGAGCUGUACCUCGUCAUGCCGUUCCGUCUCGCGGUCAAGCCGAGCAUGCAGCCGGAGAUACGAAUCGUAGAUAUGUGGGCGCUCGGGCUUGUGUAUGGCAGGAUCGCGAUGCGCAAUAGGAGGGCUCAGCUGCCGCAGCGGAUAACAAGGGGGUUGGCAGCGAUACGGACGAAUGGAUGGACACAUCCUGACCCAUGGACAGCAACUAGGGACGUGAUUGCCCCAAUGACUGGCGGACUCCUUGGCAUGCUUCUUCUGCCCGCGGCUGCCGUCUGGGUGCUCCGGCACUUCAUGGAGCUGCCCGCUGGUAGAAAGUUUAUUCUCGUACACGGCUACCCAGGUAUUUUCGCCAUCGCAGGUAUUUCUCGCGCCAUGAUGAGCUCCGUGCGUCUGUACACGACGUGGGCCCAGUCCGUCCGGGACAGCGAGUUCCUCGUCGAGAUGCGUCUGCAAAACUUGGAGACCGAGUCAUCGCCACGGUCAUCUCAAACGGUGGAGCGUCCCCAGCCUCCACCAUUGCAUGUACCUCCACCUGCGCCGGAGCUCGAGGAAAAUCGAGAUGAGCUUGCCGGAGAGCAGCAACCUAAUGGUAUUUUGGCCCAAGAAGGGGUUUGAUUGUUUGUAUUCCGUAUACAUAUCAGCAUACACACGCAUAGAGUUUGGCAAAGCACAUAGUUAACGUUAACCCUUCAGCAAUAUAAUGCAUACUGUAAC